AGUUUGCUGGACUCUCGGUCUCUGAAGUUCAUCGUGAGCCUGACGCUGCACGACCGCACCACCAAGUCUCUGCUGCACGUUCACAAGAAGAAGAAACCCCCCAGCAUCAGCGCUCAGUUCCAGACCUCUCUGACCAAACUGUUGGAGACCCUAAACAGAGCCGAGCCUUUCUUCAUCCGCUGCAUCCGCUCCAAUGCCGAGAAGAAGGAGAUGCAUCUGGACGAGGCGCUGGUGCUGCAGCAGCUGAGAUACACAGGAAUGCUGGAAACUGUUCGCAUCAGGAGGUCAGGCUACGGAGCCAAGUACACAUUCCAGGAGUUCAUAGAGCAGUUCAGGGUUUUGCUGCCAAAGAACACGGCCGCCUCUAAAGAGCACAUCUCCGCGCUGCUGGGGGAAAAGAUGGGCCUGGACCACACCACGUACCAGAUAGGCAAAACUAAGGUGUUUCUAAAGGAGCUGGAGCGCCAGCAGCUGCAGGACACGCUGCACAAAGACGUGAUGAGGAAGAUCAUCUUCCUCCAGCGCUGGUUCAGAGGCCGCCUGCAGAGGAAGGAGUUCCUGGACAUGAGACAGGCCGCCAUCUUGAUUCAGCGUGCGUGGCGCAGGUUCUGCAGAGAGGAGCAGCGGCGCCGCGCGGCCUCUCUGAUCCAGGCCGUGUGGAGAGGACACCGACAGAGAGCGGAGAACGAGCGCCAGAGACAGAGAGUCACCAAAAUACAAGCUCUGGUCCGAGGACACUCAGCACGCAGGAGGUGCCACUCCAUGCGUGAGGAGAAGCAGAAAAAGGAGGACGAGGAAAAAGAAGCUCAGAUGAGAGCAGAAGAGGAGGAAAGAAGAAGGAGGGAAGAAGAGGAGGAGGCGAGGAGAAGAGCAGAGGAGGAAGAGAAGAGGAGGAUGGAAGAGGAAGAAGAAGCAAGGAGGAAGGCAGAAGAGGAGGAAGCGAGGAGGAGAGCAGAGGAGGCAGAGAAACAGAGAGAAGAAGAGGAGAAAAGACUGGAGGAGGAGGAGCCUCAAACGAGGAAGGACCCGGACAUAGAGCUGUUCACAGAGGACACGGAGGAGGAGGAGGAGGAGGAGACCAACGGUACCUUAGCUGAGGCUGGACCCCAGCAGGAGGAGAAGGAGGAGGAGGAGUCAGGACUUACUCCUGCUCCUCCAGGAGAAGGAGACCAACAGACUGCCUCCAAACCUGCGAGCGCCGAACAAAAGAGAUCCAGAGCGCCGGCUUUAAACCGAGCGCAGACGUCCAAGAGCCAGGAGAAGAGAGAGCAGAGGAGGCGCAGAGGACUGGAGCACAACCAGAGAGAGACCGAGCGAGCCGCCUCCUCUUCCUCCUCCUCCUCUUCCUCCACCGGGAUCAGCAGCAAGGAUCAAAGCUCUCCUCCCAAGAGCAAGAGCAAGGAGCUAAAGGAGCGAGCGGACAGCAAGGAGCUGGACCAGUACACCUUCGUGGCCUGGAAGAUGAAGGAGGAGGAGAAGGGAGGGAAGAAGGAGGCCAAAGCGUCGCCUCCUCCUCUGGUCCGCCCCUCCUCUUUACCCCUGCAAAUGGCCGCCGACUCCCCGCCCGACAGGAACGGUGUUGGAGACGCCGUCGGAUCGUCGAGUUUACAGCGACGUCCCGGAGGGUUCAAGGAGAAGCCGGAGAAGUGGAGGAGGAGCGAGGGGGAGAACCCUGAGGGAGCCAGUCCUCCUCCUAAAAGAGAGGAGAGGACGAAGAAACAACUUCUGCGUGAAACAGUCUCCUCAUCAUUCGACAGUUUGUCUCCAGGAACCGAAGGAGCUGGUGCUUUUUCAGCCAGAGAGUUGAUUUCCCCCUCAGAAAGCCAGACUGACGGCUCGAAGGGAAGCUCCUUCAGACGGAAACACCAGGACAGUUCAGACUCCACACACUCCUUCCCCUCAACACCAGACAAGUCCGGUGGUUUCUUCAGCAAGAUUUUGAAGAAGCGCAAAGAGGCUCAGACUCCAGACAACGGAGAGCUGACUCUGGCUCAGAUUCUCAAUGAGAGGCCAUCAGGAGGGGAAGCCCAAUCAUCCGGCCCUCCCUCCCGGCCCCUCUCCCAGCCUCAUGGAGAGCGCUCUGUUAAAGGUUUGGGCAGAAACCCCACCAUUAAGAUCAGCCGCGCCACCAGAGUCUCCGAGCAGUGGAACGCCUCGCUGGACCGAGAGAUCACCAACGCCAACGAGCUGCGGCACCUCGACGAGUUCCUGGGCAACCAGGUGAAUGAUUUCCGCUCCAGGGGGAAGUCGCUGUCAGCCACAGAGGCCAUCUUUGUUACAGCCACCAUGCAGUUCAGAGAGACCAUCAAAGCCAUGUACUCUCUCCCUAGACACACCAUCGGCUACAAAGGCCUGAUGUCGGGCUACCAGAACAAAGUGAUCCACCUGGCGGGGGAGGGGCAGAAAGGAGAGGUCCAGCUGGUGGUGAACCUCUUCCAGUCGGUGCUGGACGGAUUCAUCCGAGGAGAGAUGAAGAAGGAGGAGGCCGAGCCCGCCAAGCCUGCUAAAACGAGGAAGAAGCGGAGGAAAAAAGAUAAAAGUAUGGAGAGCCCGCUGGAUCAUGUGUUCGUCAACUAUCAGGUCAACAUCAUGCAGUCAUGUGACCAGUGUCCCUCUUACAUCUGGGGCAUGGAGAAGGCCUACAUGUGCAGCUAUUGUAAAAUGGUGUGCCACAAGAAGUGUCUCUGCAAAAUCAUCAUUGACUGCUCCACUUUCUCUGCCAAAAAGAGUGACGAGGAGUGUGCCGGUCUUCACUUCGGGGUGCGAGUGGGUCGCCUGGUGAGCGAUAAGAACCCGGUGCCGAUGGUUCUGGAGACGAUGCUGGAGCACGUGGAGAUGAACGGCCUCUACACCGAGGGCAUCUACAGGAAGUCCGGCUCGGCAAACCGCAUGAAGGAGCUGCACCUGAGACUGGAGACCGACCCCCACCUGGUGAUUCUGGAGGAUUACCCCAUCCACACGGUGACAGGUUUGGUGAAGCAGUGGCUGAGGGAGCUGCCAGAUCCUCUCAUGACCUUCACUCAUUACAGCGACUUCCUGCACGCAGUGGAACUGCCAGAGAAGGAGGAGCAGCUUCACGCUGUUUACAAACUCCUGGAGGAGCUUCCUUCAGCAAACUUCAACACGUUGGAGAGACUCGUCUUCCACCUCGUCCGGGUGUGUAAAGAUGAGGCUCACAACCGCAUGUCUCCGAACUCUCUGGCUAUAGUUUUUGCUCCGUGCGUCCUGCGCUGCCCGGAUAGCGCCGACCCGCUGCUCAGCAUGAAGGACGUCGCCAAGACAACCACCUGUGUGGAGAUGAUCAUCAACGAGCAGAUCCGACGCUACAACGAGAAGAUGGAGGAGAUCGAGCAGCUGGAGUUCGCAGAGGCUCUGGCCGUGAAUCAGCUCAAACUCAAGAGACAGAACACGCACUACUGGCACUUACCGCUCAGGUGCUCAGCUCCUUACAAAGGAGUGGUGGUGCACGAGAAGGUGACCUCUGACCUCAGCAUGGUUCCUGAGAACGAGCCGGUGGACUCGGACACGGAGGCCGAAAAUAACCUGGUGGAGCGGAUCAAGUCCAUCAAGCAGGAGAAGGAGGAUCUGGCCUGCCGGCUCCCUGAGAUGGAGCAGCCCGGCUCAGAUCAGGAGAACUUUGACUCGGAGGCGUCUCUGAGCUCCGAGAGUCUCCUGGAGGAGCCGCAGCGCUCAGAGCCUGAAGGACGUGGCUCCCCCUCCCAGCAGAGGUCCCGUCCGAAGUGUCUCCCCAAACCCUCGGAGCUGUCUUUGCGCCGUAAAGUCUCUGGAGGACGCCUCUCUCUGCGGCAGCUCUCCCCUCCAAACUCCACUUCCUCCUCCUCCUGCAGGAACCCACUGCAGCGCCGCACCCCCAUCAUCCCCCACGGCUCCGUUAGACUCCCCCAUGGCGUCCUCCCGCAGGCCUCCAGUGCGUCUCAGCCCCCGUCUGCAGCUCAGGCGCUCCAGUUCCUGGUGCGCAGGCGGGAGCGUUCGGGUCGUCAUAAAGAAAGCACGCAGUCGCUAUACUUCGAUGGGUCCGAGGGGGGCGACCUGAUGCUGCACUUCUCCUCCUGCCCCCCCUCCACCGCCUCCUCCUCCAUCUCCAUCUCCACCGCAAAACCAACUCCUCAAAAUCAAGACACACACGCUACAAAGAGCCAGAGACGAUUUUCUGACCCCGACAUUCCUUACAUGGACGAUGAGGUGUGAUUCUAGUCUGUUGGAAAGCUCAGAGUCCUGUUGUGAACCCGAAGUGUUGAUUACCCCAAGGUUUUAUGAUAUAAAUGUAUAGUACGGGUCGCCAGAACAUAGAAACAGCUGGAGGAUAACUUGCAUAUGUUCGGCAAUUUGCACAAUUAGCACAAAUUGCCAUAAUUCGCAUUAAUUGGCAUAUGCAGACAAUAGUUUAAAUGAUGGCUAAUUUGGACAAUUUCUGAGUGGAUUUGGAGGUUAUUGAGGAUGCUGAAUACAUUUCUGACAUUUUCAGGGUCAAAAAUUGCAGUUUUAUUCAGAAAGUAGUCGUAUCUUGGGCUGAUUUUGAUGAGUUUUGGGCACAUUUUAAAGUUUUAGGGGACUCAGAACUGCCAUCCUUAAAAUGUCAGAAAUGUAUUCAACAACCUCAAAAUACUCCGAAAACCGCACCAAAAUGGUCCAAAUCAGCCAUUUUGUAGCUAUUGUCUGCAUAUGCUAAUCAAUGCAAUGUAUACUAAUUGUACAGAUUGCCCAACAUAUGCAGGUUAGCAUCUGGCAGUUUCUAUGUGCUGGGGACCCGUACUAUACGUUUGAACAAAGAACACUUGGGGUGCGCUACAUUUUCGAGUUCACCCUGCUGGCAAGUAGACUCAUUUGGGAGAAAAUUAUGGAUUUACGGGCAAAAACCGCAGAAGAAAUAACAAUUAUGGAUGAAAAUGAUCCGGAAUCACAACCCUUUUCCUGUGAACAUGAGGAGAGUUGCAGCGGAUCUACAGAACUGCUUCAGCCUUACUGUCCUCUAUGACGGUUAUAUAAACGACUGGACCACAUGUUGCCAAGCACCUUUUUCUACCGUUUUAAUAUAUUGUCCUUGAGGCUGUUUUCUGUAGCAUCAUAAUGAUGGACCAGCAAUUCUAUUUCCUUCCCCCUGUUGUUCUUUUUUAAACACAUGUGUGCUAAUUCAAGGAGAUUCUGCAGGUUCCAGCAGCACUUCUCCUCAUGAGCAAAACUCUCUGAAAUGUUAGCUAGUGCCUUGGUGAUGUACAGUACAAACUCAUGUGGGGUUAAGACAGGGUACAAUUUGAAUUAAGGUCUUUAAACGUGUCUUUCCACGCUCCGCACAACAAACAGGAAGUCAUCGCCUCACAAAGGGAAACGGGAGCAGCACACGCCACUUUCUCCUUUGAAAUAAAUACAACUCAAACCCAGCCGUGCCCCGACGUCUUCAGAGCCCCUCGAACUCACCUCGCCCACUUUUUUUUUUUUUUUUCUACAAUGAACUUCUCUCAGCUGCGACUCAAAGCGAACAGAGCUUUGUAUGAAAUGUAAUACUAAUGUUCCUCUCUGACUGCUGUUGAAUGGUGUCUGUGUUAGUCUGUGAGGAUGUGUAACAGAGAGCGUGUGGUUGGGACUGAAUGACUGUAAUGGUUAUUAGUAUUAACGUGACAAUACAAAACGUGAUGAUGCUUGUUACAUCUGC